GCGCGUGCGUGUAAAAUAGAAUUUUGCUCAUGCAGAAGAGAUGUUGAUGACAUACGAGGACAUGUUCACAGGAAGCCAAGUGGCAGCUGGGACCGACUUGUCGUGACAUUGUUUUUAUUUAUUUUUUUGCGAACGCCCUGUCCUGCUCUUCCCGACUGUGACACCUUCACGCUCGUCCAGGUUCAAGCAGCAUCGCCGGCAUGCCCGUCCACGAAACUGACAGCAUCUUGAGCUACCAGCGGCCAGAUGAGGAGGUGGUGAUAGACCAGGGUGGGACCAGCUCGGUACUGAACAUCCACUAUGAGAAGGAAGAACUGGAAGGCCACAGGACCCUCUUUGUUGGGGUUCGGAUGCCGCGGCAAAGUCAUCGGCACCACAAGGCUCACGGUUCUCGGCACCGUAAGAAAGACAGGAGGGCGGGAAGCAUCUCAACACCACAAAGCGAGGGAAGUGAGAAGACACCCUGUCACGACACGCCGUCCCAGCGGGUCCAGUUCAUUCUUGGUACUGAGGAGGAUGCUGAGCAUGUGGCCCACGAGCUGUUCACUGAGCUAGAUGAGAUCUGUGUGAAGGAUGGCAAAGAUGCUGAGUGGAAGGAAACGGCCAGGUGGCUUAAGUUUGAGGAAGAUGUCGAGGACGGCGGCGAGAGGUGGAGCAAGCCGUACGUAGCUACUCUUUCUCUCCACAGCCUGUUUGAGUUGCGGAGUUGCAUCAUCAACGGCAGCGUGCUGCUCGACAUGCAUGCUGACUCCAUUGAGGAGAUAGCAGACAUGGUCCUGGACCAUCAGGAGGCGUCUCAUGAGCUGGAUGACAGUGUGAGAGUUAAAGUGCGUGAGGCUUUGCUGAAGAGGCACCACCACCAAAACGAGAAGAAGAAGAACCUCAUGCCCAUCGUGCGCUCCAUUGCCGAGGGGACUCGUAAACAGUCAGAGACCCAUCUGACAGCCACAUCUCCUCAGCCUCCACCUCCGACAGAGCCGGCGAAGAACGGUGCUGGACAGGACGCACAUCCGGUAGAUCUCAGCAAGGUGGACCUUCACUUCAUGAAGAAAAUCCCAGAGGGAGCAGAAGCCUCCAAUGUGCUGGUAGGAGAGCUGGAUUUCCUGGACAGACCCAUUGUGGCUUUUGUCCGCCUCUCUCCCGCUGUGCUGCUCACAGGCCUCACUGAAGUCCCGAUACCCACCAGGUUCCUCUUCAUUCUGCUGGGCCCGGAUGGAAAAGCUCAGCAGUACCAUGAAAUUGGGCGCUCCAUGGCCACCAUUAUGACAGAUGAGAUAUUUCAUGGUGUAGCUUACAAGGCAAAGGACAAAGGAGACCUACUGGCUGGAAUAGAUGAGUUCUUGGACCAGGUGACUGUCCUACCCCCAGGGGAGUGGGACCCUUCUAUCCGUAUUGAGCCACCUAAGAAUGUCCCAUCUCAGGAGAAGAGGAAAAUGCCUGGUGUCCCUAAUGGGACAGCCUACCUGGUAGAGGAAGAGCUACACGCUGAGCACCAUGGGCCGGAGCUGCAGAGAACUGGACGGUUGUUUGGUGGUCUGAUACUGGACAUCAAAAGGAAGGCCCCCUUUUAUCUGAGUGACUUUAAAGAUGGUCUUAGCUUGCAGUGUGUGGCCUCGUUCCUCUUCCUCUACUGUGCCUGCAUGUCUCCUGUCAUCACCUUCGGAGGGCUGCUGGGAGAGGCAACAGAGGGACGCAUUAGUGCAAUUGAAUCCUUGCUCGGUGCAUCUAUGACUGGAGUUGCCUACUCGGUGUUUGCUGGCCAGCCUCUCACCAUUCUAGGAAGCACAGGACCCGUGCUGGUGUUUGAAAAGAUCCUCUUCAAGUUCUGCAAGGACUACGACCUGUCCUACCUGUCACUGAGGACCUGCAUCGGCUUGUGGACGGCACUGCUGUGUUUGGUGCUGGUUGCCACAGACGCCAGCUCUCUGGUGUGCUACAUCACUCGCUUCACGGAGGAGGCCUUCGCUGCCCUGAUCUGCAUCAUCUUCAUCUACGAGGCCUUGGAGAAGCUGUUCCAUCUGGGGGACAUUUACCCCUUCAACAAACACAGUAAUCUGGACAAGCUGACGCUGGCAUACUGCGAGUGUGCACAGCCUUAUCCUCCCAACAAUAAAACCUUAGAACUAUGGAGCAAGAAAAACAUCACUGCUGCUGAAGUACCUUGGGCCAACCUCACUGUCAAGGAGUGUAUGAGCCUGCAGGGUCAUUUUGUCGGGACGGCAUGCGGCCCCCAUGGGCCUUACACCCCAGAUGUCCUCUUCUGGUCUGCCAUCUUGUUCUUCUCCACCUUCUUCAUGUCAGCGUUCCUCAAAGAGUUCAAAACGAGUCGGUAUUUCCCCACCAAGGUACGGUCGAUGAUCAGUGACUUUGCCGUAUUCCUUACCAUCGUCUUCAUGGUGUUGCUCGACUACGUCAUAGGCGUGCCCUCCCAAAAGUUAAAAGUUCCCAGCAAAUUCCAGCCCACCAGAGAUGACCGAGGGUGGAUCAUUAAUCCAAUAGGGCGUAAUCCUUGGUGGACGGUGUUGGCAGCCUCUAUCCCGGCUCUCCUGUGCACCAUUCUCAUCUUCAUGGACCAACAGAUAACUGCAGUUAUCAUCAACCGGAAAGAGCACAAGCUGCUGAAAGGUUGCGGCUACCACUUGGACCUCCUGAUGGUGGGGAUGAUGCUGGCCGUGUGCUCCAUCAUGGGCUUGCCAUGGUUCGUGGCUGCGACCGUCUUGUCCAUCUCUCACGUGAACAGUCUGAAGCUGGAGUCGGAGAGCUCAGCGCCCGGAGAGCAGCCUCGCUUUCUGGGCAUCAGAGAGCAGAGACUCACUGGCCUGGUCAUCUUCUUGCUCAUGGGAUGCUCGGUCUUCAUGACUGGAGCGCUUCAGUUCAUUCCGAUGCCGGUGUUGUAUGGUGUCUUCCUCUACAUGGGAGCCUCCUCAUUGAAGGGCAUUCAGUUCUUUGACCGUCUUAAGUUGUUUGGGAUGCCGGCCAAGCACCAGCCAGACUUUAUCUACCUGCGUCACGUUCCUUUGAGGAAGGUUCAUCUUUUCACGCUCACGCAGCUCACAUGUCUUGUCCUGCUGUGGGUCAUCAAGACCUCACCAGCUGCCAUCGUCUUCCCCAUGAUGGUGCUGGCUUUAGUAUUCAUCCGCAAACUGCUGGACUUUUGUUUCUCCAAACGGGAGCUGAGUUACUUGGAUGAUUUAAUGCCUGAAUGGAAGAAAAAAAACCUUGAUGAUGCUUCCAAAAAGAUUGAGGAGGUAAAUGCGAUAUUUAAAUGCACAAGUAAUCCCCAUGCAAAUAUUGACAAUUGUCUAUUGCAGGAAACCCAGGUUAUGCUCGAUACCAAAAGUGAAGAUGCUGCAACUGUUGAGAUUCCCCUGGAGAGCAGUAAGCCAGUGCCGACCUCAAAGGCACAUGACCCCAGGUGUGAUCCCUCUGAUAUUAAUAUAUCUGAUGAAAUGUCUAAAACCACCAUGUGGAAAUCCCUCAACUCCAAUCAAAAGGAUUCUCGGCCUGUGUCUGCUAAAAAGGAUUGAGGAGAUUGCCUUUAUAGAUGAGUAAAGAUUCCAACAGUCCGUGCAGUUAUACUACCAAACUGUCCAUAAGGACCUCAGGAUGUCCCCAUUUGGCUUUGGACCAUCGGCCGUCUGAGAGAUUUGGGAAAGUCCACAAUUUCUACCAGCUCCACAUAGCACUUCACAGUACUGUCAUGCAACACACACACAUGCGCAUGCACACACAAUGUUGUGAUUCUUGAUUGUGAAUUUCAAAUAUGAAAAGAUAAUUUUUUCAUAAUUCUUUGUUUCCGUUAUCUUUCUCUGAUUAAUAGCAUGCAAGUCGACUGGUGACCCAAAAGUGCAAAGAUAAUACGCUACAAAUUGAUAUUACAAGUGAUACCUCGCUUUCUGGCAGGAAUCCGUUUCAUAACGUGUGUUGUACGAAACCUGAAACAAUUAUUUCCUUAAGAAAUAAAACAAAUCUAAUUCAUAAAUUUCAGACACCCGAAAAUAACACAAAACAUAUUUUAGAGCAGUGGUUCUUAACCUUGUUGGAGGAACCGAACCCCCACCAGUUUCAUAUUUACCGAACUUUUCUUUAGCGAAAAAUAAAAUUCAAGACAAAGCUACAUGGUUUUUUUUUUACUGGUGCACAAAAUUAACUGUGCCUGAACAUCACCUUGUUCAUACAACACAACCAACACAGUGCAUGGACUCACAACUAAUUACACAGCUGCAAAUCAGUGUGGCUUCUGCUGGUGUCGUAUCCAAAUUACGCAGAUAGGGACAAGUUUUAAUUUACACGAUGAGUCAGGUGUGUCUUGACCUCCGUCGAACCCCUGAGGAUGACUUGCCGAACCCCUAGGGUUCGAUCGAACCCAGGUUAAGAACCACUGUUUUAGAGUCAAUAAUUAUGGUGUUACAUGCAGAAAGUUAUGUGAAAUAUAAAUGACAAAUAACUAUAAAUUACUUUUAUCGUGCUAUGAGUUAGUAUUUUUCUCACCUUAUCAAAGUGCUGGCACUUGCAACUUUAUUUGGUCUCAUAGUGGAUUCCUUUGAAGUCAAUAAAAAGCAGAGACUGAGUCGCCAACACGUAAGACUCUUUGUUUGGCCCAUCAUUCCGCUGGCAAUGUUUGGCCGUCCAAUAACCAAGACAAUACAAAAUCAUUAGAAAAUUAUUGGUGAGCAUUUUCUUGGUAAAACCAAUUAUAUGAGAUGUAAGUCCUACAAAAACCGAGGUAUCACUGUGCAGUUAAACAAGUUGUAAACAUGUUGGUGCGGCAAAAACCAUGAACCAAAAUAUCCCAAAUACAGGAUGUGCCCUGAAAGUCUGGAUACAUACUGUAAGCAAACGCUCAUAUUUUCAAUUGGAAUAAUAAAAAAUAACAGCUGCGAUAUGAUUUCCAAUAUUUGUGAUGCAAAGGUUGAUGCACUUUGCAAGAUCAAUGUGGACUUGAUGCAAUACCUUCACAUUUAUUGUCAUUUUCUGCAAAUGCCCCAAAUUUGUCAUUAGUAUUUAUGCAAUAUUCAUUGUGAAAUUAAGAAAACAUUUCUUCUUUCCUUUUUCCUCAACUACAUUUCUGAUGCACACUUUUUAUUACAAUCCAAUAGGUUUCUCCCUUUGUCCUAGAAUAAAGUGUGUCCUUUUGAAUAGUUGGCUUGAAUAUUGUUUUAGAGUGUUAAAAUAAUUUUUUUUUUUUUUUUUAGCUUUUUAUGGAUGCGUCAAUUAUUCAUAGUGUAUUACCACUCACUGGGUUCUGGGAACGAAAGCCUCGCGAAUUGCAGGGAUCUACUUUAUUAUAUUACCAUCGUACAGGCUGAAAUGCCCCCAUGUUGAAUGCAGACAACUUUAGACACUUAUCGGGGGAAAAAAACAGCAGAUUUUAGUAGGAAUUUGCACAAAAUGUUUAUCACUGAAUUACAUUCCCAACCAGACUCAAUUCUAAUGACAUGUUUCCAUAGUACAGUCAGUGUCUCCCACUGGACUGCGGGGUAUUUGUGGUGGUGGUUUUCAGGGGUCUAUCUUGCAUAAUUGGCCAUGACUCAUGUAGUUUUAACAGAGGCUGUGUUGACAAAACGUAGGCAAACAACAUGACAUCGCAAGCAGGACGUAGCAACCUGUGAAGGUGUUGGCAAGAAAGAUGCGCGCUUUCAAGUUCCAGUCUCCUAAAGUGACUAACACGAUCAGAAAAGAUGACUACCGUAUUUCCCGGACGACAGAGCGCACCGGUAUAUAAACCGCACCUACUAAAUUUUCUAUGUAUUAGCUGCACAGGACUAUAAGUCACAGACAUACGUUGUGAAAUGAGUUGUUAACACAUAAAUAUUCUGUAAAUGUUUAUUUACAUACCUUAAAAUGGCUGAUCCAAAAAAACAGAAGACAUCGUCAUGGACCCACAAGCUGCGGAAGAUAUCUCUCCAAUCAGCUAAACAGACACAAUAAGUCCACGAUGAAGCUUUGGUAUAUUUACAUAACUGAAACAAUAUAAACAGAAUACCAUUGUAAGUUAAUAAUACUAACACGGAUACCCGUAAGCGUGUUAGCAUAUUAGCCAAAGCUAAUGACACAAGCUUGAUUACGUUACUUAGCACGUACAAAUAUGGAGGAAAACACUCCUACAAACAUCAAACAUGGUACAGUUUAGUAAGUGUGAAACGUUUUGGUCAUAUUGUAAAAAUGACAAACCUUGUUUGGAGUGAUGAAUAGGGAUGUAAACCGAGUACCGGUAUUUUUUGGUACCGGUUCAUAAUUGAGGACUGUGAAGAUUUUGGACUAACGAUACUGCUAUCGGUAUUUAUUUAUCAGCUGACUGACGUAAUUAUGACGCGCUGUCACAUUCAGUUCAGCUGCUGCCACUACACAUAAAAUCCGCUUUGAAUAAAGACAAAUAAGGAGGCAAGACCACACAAACGUUAACACAACAAUGUCUCCUCCUCAAAAGUUCCUCAAAGUCAGGCAUGCUGUGUCAGUUUGAAGUGAACACAUUUUACUCAAAUGAGUCACGACCACGUUUUAUCAACCGUCCUUGCAAUGCAUUAAUCCGCAGGCCAAUAAUAAUCCACUCAAAAACGUCAAAAAUGUAGGUAGUAUAAUAAUCCAUUGAGUUGCUUUAAAGAUAGCAUCCGCUGUGACUGACAGGUCUCUGGUUGCCGUUUAAAGUCUCUUCAUUGAGCAGCGUUGCAAUCAUACAAUCAAACUUUAUUUAUAAAGCGCUUUUCAUACAUAAAAGAAAUGCAACGCAAAGUGCUUUACAGACUCCGAUGACCCAGAUUCCCCAUUAUCACAUAGGCACGCACACACGGACACAAAUACCAAACCCAAACAGACACAUAUGCAAUUAUAUGAACAAAUGAAUGUCUGGCUGAGGACAGAGGAGACAAGUGAGUAAACACUAUCACAGGAGCCAUCUGCACCAGGGGGUCAUCAGACCAUGGCCACCAGGACGCUUACACAAAGCACCCACACAGCACGGCCAAUAAGCCCUGAGGCACAUGGCUCCCUCUGAAGAACGCUGGAAAGUAGUAAUAAUAAAACCUGUAAAAUGGUAAGAAUCAUGAGGAGAGAAAAAGGAUAAAAUACAAGUCAGACAUAUGAAGAUAAACAAAUGAAAAUAAUGAAAAAAUAAAAUCAAUAUACAUUAAAUAUGUAAUAAAAAAAUAUAACUAAAUAAAAUCUUGCAUAACGAAUAAGAUAUAAAGUAAAGUACAAAUUAAUUCAAUAAAAUGUAUAAAAAUAAAAAGCAAAAUCAAAAAGGUGGGUCUUAAGUCUGCUCUUAAAAACAUGAUCGUUCUCCACAGCCCUGAGGUCCUCCGGCAAGCUGUUCCAUAGAGAGGGGCCAUAAUGAUGGAAAGAUUCCAUCCUGUGACUUUGUGUCCUGACUUUUGGAAUAAUUAGGAGAUGACUGCCGGAGGAUCUCAAGAUAAGAAGGCCCAAUACCGUAAAAACAUUUAUAAACCAUAAGAAGAACCAGAAAAUUUACUUUAAAAAAAAGCAGGCAUUGAUUAAAGACUUACCUGCUCUGUGAUAUUACUGGUGUUCAACCUCUUAUGCUAAUAGAAUUGCUAAUUAAAAUGCAUUUUUUACAUCUUAAUUUCCACAAAAUUACAUUAUUUCCCUUGUGGAUCAAUAAAGUUUGUCCAAGUCUAUAUAGUAUCGAUAAGAGUACCGAUAAACACUGGUAUCGAAAAGGAAUAUCAAUAAGGGUAUCGUAUCAAUAAAAUCUUAACAAUAUACAUCCCUAGUGAUGAAUGAAGAAUCCUUAUAAGUAAAAACACUAUGGACGGCUAAAAGAAGCAAUGGCACUCGUACUUGCGGUUGAAAUCACUAAACAGAAAGAAAUACGUCAUAGUUGUUCACCCCGCAACACCGGCAAAGAUGGCACCAUAGCACAAACAAUCUCACACCUCUUCAGUGUCUGGUGAUUUGUUACAAUUAUGGCCAUUAGCGAAGAAAAAGCCAUUAAUUAGCUGGACCGUUUUGUAAGCCACAGGUUUCAAAGCGUAGGGGAAAAAAAGUAGUGGCUUCUAGUCCGAAAUUUACUAUACAGUUGUCGUUAGUCACUUCUUUAUUUUUUUAAAGUAUGCAUAGAGGUAUAAAAAUCGCUAAUUUGCUAACACCAAUCCCUCUUGUUACGUCUUCUUAUGCUCUUGCAGACCAUGGCGCAAAAUAUGUCUUAAGAAGUAGAGUUACACUGCCACCUACUGUAAGGCGUAAAGCUUCAUUCACAUACAGUCCCAUUAUAAUGUGUUCAUCCAUGGCGGUCCAUAUUUAUUUGUGGCAGUUUGCCAUGAAUAAAUGAAUGUAUGGGAAACAUUGACAGUAAGACUAAGUGUGCACUAGUGUGGUUUUAACCCAGUAAAAAAUCUGCUAAUGUGCGCCUCCAAACUGCACAAACAUGGCCGACAUGCUGCAUUCAGGGCAAUAAUUUUUGUACGACAUCCUACUAAGUUGUUGGCCGCACAUACAAACCCAAACAAAUUCUAACCCUUGAUGGUUCAGCUCUCUCGGCUGGGCCGUAUGACAGAAUCUAAAACCCUUUGUUGACGUUACGUGUGUCUGUCGCUCAUCCUUUCAAAAAUGUGUCACGCACGCUUCCCUGGUUUGUGAUGACGUGGUCAGUCAAUUGGUGCACACGUUAUAUACUCUCAUCUUUCACUGUAAAUUGUGUUGUUUUUUGUGUUUGGUAUUGUAAAUAUUAGCAGGAUCCACACGAGUGGAAACAGCCAAAAGUACGAGAAACAUAGUAGUGUCUUAUUUCUUUACCUCCUAGUAGUUUGUUUGAACUCCUGCAAGGCACUUUGAGGGGAGGAUUGGAGACCUGACCAGAGGGCAGUAAUAAAGAUUUGCUCUUUUUUUGGCGGAGGGAAGUUGGAGUUUAUUAGCAAUAAUUUACCCAAUCUCAAGUGAGCUGUAGGGAUCUGAAUUAUACACAAAUAACAAUAAUUAUCUUCAGGGAUCCUUUGAGCAGUGACAUUUCCAUUCAACGUGCUAAAUUUACGUCUUUUUCACUUGAAUAAAGUGCUUUAUUUGUAGUAGCACUUUCUGUACAUACAUCUAUUUAAUAUUCCGUUAUUUUUAAGAGACCUACUAGACCGUUUAAAUUAUUUAUUACAGCCAUUUAUAUAUUUCAUAUAUUGACGUUCUGUAUAAAGUGUAAAAAUAAGUUAGGUGGGUUAAAGCAAAGCUUGGUGUUUCAUGUCAUGUUUGCACAACAAGAAGCGAAAUUUAAAAUGUUCUGUUCUACGCUUUGAAAUCUGCCUUUUAUUCUCCAUUUAGUCAAAAUAAAUGAUACUCUUUUGCGCUCCCUGUAUAUUCGGUCUACAUCUUGUAGAUUUGAAAAGUGCAUUAAUCCUUCACUGUAACUUGCUGUGAGUCCUCCUUGUCAGUAACGUCUGUAUUUGUGUCCUGUACCUUCAAGUAUAUACAGUAAGACAUUUGAAUGUUGAUAUUCGCUGUGUGUACAUGAUAAACUUAGUGAAAGCAUGACCUACUAUUCAUUGUGUACAGUCAGGGGAAUAAAUGUAUGUACAGUAUAUUGAAUUCAUCAAUUUGACACUUUAUUAGAUGGGAAUGUAUGGCUGACAUGCAUAUGAAUGUUUCCAUUAGACAAAUUCAAUGUAUAAUUGUAUAAACCACUUCCUGUAGCAUUAUUUUUGGAUUAUUUUGGAGCAUUGCAAACUAUGUGUCACAUUUGGACUGUUUAGUUCCCCUGGUACGAUCACCAGUAUGUACAGUGAAUGACGACAAGAGAAGAUUCAGGGAGAAGGGCGACUGCACGACAGUUGAUAAGGAGCCAUAAAGAGCAAGUGUUGUCUCUUAAAACAAUAUAGACUGUCUCAAACUGAAGUGUACAUGUUUUAUAUGUAUGUGUACUGUUGUUUUUUGGAAUUAUAUACAAAGACAAAUAAACGAUUCCACUUGAAGUUAAA